AUGUUAUCUCGUUCUGCAGAACAUGCUGUAGUUAUUUAUAAAUGUGUAACCACCAGCUGCCUUUUCUCACAGGUUUUUUUCUUUCUGAAAAAUACACUGAUAAGCAGCAAACAAGAAACGACCAAGACUACAUACAUUUGUAAAUAGUUAUCUUCAAAAGCAGUACAACUGGGAUCCAUAAAAACCAUGAAAAGCCAACUAAUAGGAUUUUUUAUGAACUUUUGUAUUUCUUUUUCACUUGCUUUGUAUUUUCAGGUUGGAGAAAGAGAAGAGAAAUGUAUAAUUGAAGAUAUUCCCAGCGACACACUGGUAAUUGGGAAUUACAAAGUACAACGCUGGGAUAUACAUAAACAAGAAUUUCUUGAAUCUGCUCCUGGUUUGGGAAUGUUUGUGACUGUCACAACUCCUUCUGAUGAGGUACUACUGUCAAAACUGUAUGGGCCACAAGGAACAUUUUCUUUUACAUCCUAUAUAUCUGGGGAGCAUGCUAUCUGCUUAGAGUCUAACUCCACAAGAUUUGUGGCAUUUGCAGGAAGUAAACUGCGUAUUCAUUUGGACAUUAGAGUUGGAGAACAUUUUUUGGAUGAAUCUGUUGCUCAAGCCAAAGACCAAAUGAGUGAAGUUUACUUUAACCUAGAACAUCUAAUGGAGCAAAUUCGUCACAUAUCCAAAGAACAAAACUAUGAAAGAGAGCGUGAAGAAAAAUUUCGGAAGACAAGUGAAGAAACCAACAGCAAUAUCUUGUGGUGGGCUGUUGUACAAACAUUAAUCCUCAUUUCUGUUGGAAUUUGGCAAAUCAAAUCCCUCAGAGAUUUCUUUAUAUCUAAGAAGCUUGUUUAA